AUGUGGCUCCUCAGCACGGCACGCGCCGAGCUACACUUCUUCUCCGACCCGGCCGCCGUUCCCAAAGGUUACGCGACCCUCUCUCACACCUGGAGCCAAGAUCCCAAUAACCCAGAACAGUCGUUCCAAGACGCACAACGCAUCGCAACCGAAUGCAGGGCGAACGGCACAAACCCCCGCGAUGUCGUCUGCGAGAAGAUCCGGAUGUGCUGUAUCACCGCGGAGCGCGACGGCUACCACUGGGUCUGGAUAGACACAUGCUGCAUUAACAAGGAAAGUAGCACGGAGCUGUCGGAGGCGAUCAACUCGAUGUUCACCUGGUAUGUCCUCUGCGAGGUCUGCUACGCCUUCCUCGACGAUGUCAGCUCCGACGACGACCCUAAGGCGACAAACUCUCAAUUCCGGCACUCGCGAUGGCACACCCGGGGAUGGACACUACAAGAACUUCUCGCUCCCGCGCUCGUCUACUUCCUAUCAAAGGACUGGGAGACGAUCGGAAGCAAGCACGACCUCGCGGAGACCCUCGAGGGGAUCACGCGCAUCUACAGCAAGUACCUCACCAGGGAUUGGGACUUCCUCACCGCGUCAAUAGCCGUGAAGAUGCGGUGGGCGUCGAGGCGGAAGACGUCGCGCGUCGAGGACGAGGCUUACUGCCUCCUUGGGCUCUUUGACAUCAACAUGCCAACACUGUACGGUGAAGGCCGCCAAGCUUUCAUCCGGCUCCAAGCCGAGAUCGUUCGGCUCUCAUAUGACACUACGCUCUUUGCAUGGGGAAACGUGCACUUGCCGUCGGAUGAAACUCUUGCGCAGGCGCCAUCGCAGGGGAACGUCGACAACUUCCACGAUUUCCAUGAAUAUCUGUUUGCGCCCUCUCCCGCGUACUUCCACAUCCCCUACUUCUAUGCCGCGGCAGUUACCCUGAAGGAAAAAGUAAGUCACUUUCUGAUGUCUCAUGAGAAGGCCCUCGACGUGAGGAACCGGGUGACAUCGUUCGGUGCAGUCACGCCCCCUUCGUUUACACUGACGCCCCACGGCAUGAAAUGCCACUUUCCUAUCGCCGAGGCCGACGGACCCACGAUUAUGGUGCUCUUAGCGUUCAAGUACCCGUACAAACACGUCGGUUUGCUCCUAUGUCCAGCACAGCCCUCCGAGUUCCAAGACCCGAACCUCCCAGUGUACUACGUCUCCUGGCGGUUCAAGACCACGGACUCCCACCGUGUCCUCCGCCUCGCGGACCUCGGCGACGACCUCGACAGCCUCACGUUUCGUGGACAGUCGCUCAAGCCCGUCUGGCGCGACAUCUGCAUCCGCGCCGCGCCGCGCACCCAGGACCGCACGGACACCCCGCACAUGAUCAUCCGCAUGCGCCACGACCAAACGAUCGCGCUGUUCCGCGUGCCCCGCUGCCUCAUCGGCGAGCUUUCUGCGCUCCAGCUUCUCGUCUUCAGCUCCGUGUUCGAGACCGACGACAACGCGGCGCACGAGCGCGUGCUUCUGUGCCAAGAAGCGUCCAUCCCCGUGCGGAUACGCAUCAAGACCGGCAUCUGCAAGCGCGCGUCCACGGACGAGGCCCCGAUGCACUGGGCGUGGGCGAUGACCGCCAGCCGCAAGACGUGGUACGACAGCUGGGACCGGCCGCACGACUGCGCGACGGACCACGUCGACGACUGGAAGGGAGAGCAACGCUCGUUCGGAGACGAGGAGCGGACGGUGCGCAUCUCGUUCACGACGGACCGCCACAACAAGAAGACGCGCGUCCUCCACGUCGAGCUACACGGGACGGUGUACGAGGAGCUGCAGCGCGAGGCUAACGUCUGGAUCGGCCGCGAAGACCCCUCACGAUCGCUCGCCGCCGCCGCCGCCUUGGAGUCCGCGCGUCCUGGUACUGGUGAAGCUCUCGACGUGCAGCUCACACCUGAAGGACUCCCGGUCUCUCAUACUCCUUUGCCCACCCCUACCACGUCCUCUUCCCUCUCCACCAACGCCGCCCUCCCUCGUGGCGUAGUAGCGACUACAAACGCCGAUUCGACCCCGGCAGCGCGGUUGCGCGACGCCAUUGCAAGCCCCAUCAUCGAUCCCCGUACCCUAGACCUCGGGAGCCUCAGCGCCAGCGACCUCGAUGCCCUCAAACUCCGUCUCAGCCAUCUUCUUCCUUUGCUCGAGGCACUCCGGCUCGUGGCUCCCGAUAGUGUCCCACCAUAG